AUGCCGUUUCUAUCGUCGAUAUUCCGCAAAGACAAAGACAAGGACGGUCCCUCGUCUCCCUCGCACUCGACCUUCUCCCGCGCCCGCUCCCGACCGAGCAUAGCCUCUUCGCGCGAGUGUGCAUCUCCUCCACCGCAAUUGGCAGACAUAUCCCCCCAGAGCGAUCUCUCCUACGUCUUGCCUGAGCUCGAAGAGCUCCAAGCCACUGCCACCCGCAAUUCCAAUUCCAAAGACACCGACUCGCUCACCAAGCGCACUCGCGGGCUCGGGUUCGGCCGACGGCGGGAAUCGACCCACUCGGCACUCGUCCCCAGCUCACCCGUAUCCGCCACAUCGCCACCGCGCCCAUUCAGCGACAUGGACAUCGAUCGACAGACACCGAUACAUGCCAUGACGAUGAUGCAGACGCAUACGGGCACACCAACAAACCACAAUAAACCGAAUUUGCACUGCUCGGAUUCAGACGACGACCCUCUUGUUCCACCCCCUCCGCGCGCCUCUGUUUUUGCCGGUUACAGUUACUCUGACCAGGACCGACCCCGUGCGCAGAGUGUUCCGGACGAGCGAGAACGAGCGAGACCCCCGAGACCGCAGGCCCACCCGCACCAGUCCCCCGAUAUGGCCAAGGGAAAGCUCAAAAAAGACGGUUCGUCGUCGCGUUCUGGGCUCUUUGGCUGGCGCACCAAGUCUGCCAAGGAGGUCCCGACUCCGACGCCCAUUAGCACCGACUCGUCGUUCAGUCUCAAGUCGUUUCGCCAUGUUGGUCCGCCUUCGCCUGUCGUUCGUCCGUCCGAGAGUGCGAUGAGUUUGCCCCUUGGGGCCACACCCAACAACAACAACAGUAAUACUGCGUUUAGUCGUUCGACGAGCACCGGCAGUCCGGUUGUUCCGAGUCCGACUACUACCUCGACUGCUCGGCCUGUGCCCGGUCGCUCGACGCCUACCACUCGCGAGCGGGUGAACAGCACGAGCAGCGAGGGGAUGAUGACCGCCGGGUUGUUCAGACAAGCAGCCAGGCGCUCCAGCACCAACCUGGUUGAAGAGGCCGCCGAACCCAUACGAUCUCGCAUGCGCGAUCUUGACAAGCGCGGUCCUCCCACCACCCGUACGUGGGGCGAUGACAACUCGAGUGGAUCCGACCGCCCCGCCGCCGGCCCUCGCAAAUCCGCACCCGACACUUCGUCCCGCAAGACUACGCUUGAGAACAAGCCCCAGCCGCGAAAGAGUACUCCCGCGCCUAGUGGGUCCGCACGAAACACACCCGCCCCGGCCGCGCGAAAGAGUCUGGCGGACAGCGACGAGGAGCCGACGUCUCCGUUUGCGGGUCGCCUCGGUGAAAGCGGGCGCACGAGCCCGUUUACGACCCAGUCCGAGUCUGGACAUGCCCCCAGGGACUUGUCGCAUAUUCCCCGAGGCCAGUAUUCGGCCUAUGGUGCUAGGUCCGACGGCGGGAUUCGAGGAGGAGGAUCCAAGCUUGCUUCGUCUACGACGUCUACUUCACAAUCACGCGUCAAUUCGCCUUCGUCUCCUACGAAAUCCAUCCUUUCUUCACAUGUAUUUACCACGUCUCCUGGUACAUUUCCUACCCCUCUUCCUACUGGUGCUACAAGGCCCGGUCCGCAGGGAUACGCUUCCUCCCGAUCGACGUCUCCGACCAAACCUCGUCCGUCGUCCCCGGUCAAGGGAACCACACCAUCCUCGCCUACAAAGCCGCGGUUAUCCGCUCCGACGGCGACGCGGCCUCCUAUCCGGACCACUGUUCCUACCAAGACCAACGAUGGGCCCAGCAUCAAAUCCGGCUCUGGCUCGGGGUCCGGUUCUGGCUCUGGCUCUGGCUCUCGUUCUGGCUCGGGCGCGGGCGGGAGGAGACACAAGAGACAAGGGAGUGGGAGCAGCCAGGCUUCGUCUGUAAAGAGCGGCAAGAGCGGCGGAUACCAAGGUCUUGGACACGGUCGUCGUCCGAGCGCGAGCGAGUCGAUGCGCAGUUUCAGUGUAGACGUCUAUUCCCAUUCGCGCCAACAAAGCACCGACACCACCACCCCCUCUCACCACCCACAAUCACAACAGUCCCGCCGUCCGAGCGUAGACAUCCUGUCCCACGCCCGCCGCCCGAGCGGAUUCGAAGUCAUCUCGAGGCCCAAGAGUCCCGGUCCGGCUGCGGCAGUCGAGCCGAGGCCGGUUCAGCAGACCAAGACGACGGACCAGCUCCGGAUGGAGGCGAUCGAGGCUAUGAGGGGUGGGCAGCUCGUUGGGCCCGGUAUGGAGCGCGCAAAGAGUCCUGCGCCUAGUUUGGCUUCGCGCCUUCACGAGGCGUUUGGUCCGGUCCAGGCCCAAGAUGCGCAGGCGCAAGCACAAGCGCAAGUUCAAGUUCAGGCUCAGACUGAAGUGCAAGACACCCAGGCAACGCCGCGCAAAAACUAUGUCCCCCCGCCGCGCCAGUCGUCGCUUGCGGCUGGGGCGCUGUUCGAUUCCGAUUCGGACGAGUCGCCCGAAGAGGUCGAGAGCGAGAGCGAGGGGCUCGGGUUUGGAAAGGCGGGCAAGGUAGGCGCGAUGAGGGGCAGACACGGACAAGGCAAGGACGCUAGGCCGAGUAUAGGACAUGGUUUGGCUGGCUCUCCUCCUGCAAGAGGAAAUCGAUCGACCACAACCACAGCCGCGAGUGGGGGAUCAACCGACCCGUUGGUGUCCAACUCAGCUGCCAGCCCAUCUUCCACCGCGAGCACAUUCAAUCAGCCAGCCCACCGAUCACACCCAGCCCAUCACUCGCGGUCCAAUUCAGAUGACCAGCCGGGCUUGACACGCGAACGCACCAUCACCCAGCGCGAUGCGCCGCCCAAGAUUGGGGUUUCGCUUUUCGAUGGUCCGGUUUCUCCUCGGACCAGGGCGAGCCAUUCGACAAGCGCGAUUAGCGCCGCUGCCACUGCGAAGAAUUCCGCUGCGCUUGCAGAAGCCAAUCGUGUCAGCAGUGCGUUCCCAGAGACGACCACGACCGGUCGCGCCAACGUGACGACCACCCGACCGGGAGGAAGAGGACCCGUAAAGAAACACACUCGAGGAUCCUCGUUUGGAGCUGGGAGCGUGUCCCAUGUGCGUGCUCCGGCCGCGGGAACCGAUACGGACGAAGACGAGGAAGACGAGAGCGACGAAUCGAGCGAGGACGAUGCGCCCCUGAGUUCUUUGGCGCCUCCAAAGCGACCCGGUUCGGCCGCUUCGACUGCUGCUUCUAUUCGUCCCGGGCCUGGUCCUGGUCCUCGACCGAGCGGACCUCAAUCUCGAGCAACUGCCCCACUCAUCAGUAUUCCGGGUGUGAAUACGCCCCAUCCGUCUGCUCCUCCUCGGCCGCCUAGGAUUAACCGUGUACCGGGUGUGGGCGUGACGAGGAACAGUAGUUUGCGCGGCUCUCGUUCGGUCGAAGAUUUGGGCAGGAUGCCUGUUGUUCCCUCCCGACCUGGUCCUCGACCGUUCAUCACCAGCCCCCCAAGUUCGACUGGAGAUAGCAGCUCUGGCAAGGCGCCGCUUACGCCCAGAGACGGUAGCGAAGCUGGACGAGGCCGAUCCGACGAAGCUAGACGUAAAGAGCGUAGAAGGAGCGAGGCCAAAAAAUCAGUCGAGCUCGGAAACGUCAUCAACGGACCUGGACCGUUCCCCAACGACGACGACGAGGAUGCUAUUUCGAUGGGCCACUCGCAGAUGGGACAUGCGAUGGGCAUGAUGGGUAUGGGAUGGAACCAGUCUGGGUUCUUCCCCCCCGGUGGCGCUGGGUUUGGGGGUCCUCCGGGCUUCCCCACGAGCCAGACUAUGCCUUUCUUGCAUCCUCAGAUGACAGGCCAGCCCAUGCCGAUACCGUUCAUGCCCCCACCCCCUCCUCCAGGCGCAAACGAAGUGUAUCUCCAAGCACACCAACAAGCGAUGAUGAUUGCGAAACAGACCUACCUCCAGGCCGUCGCUCAGCAAGCCAUGGCCGCCGCAACGGAGCAGUGGGAACGAUCGAGCAACAUGGGCGGAAGCGUUUACGGAGGAUCCCAGUCGAGCAUGGGAAUGGGAGGAAUGGGAAUGAUGGGCAUGCCAAUGAUGGGCAUGUACGCUAGUUCGUCCUAUGCUGCCUCGGCUUACGAGGGAAGCGUUGCUGGUUGGGGGUCUGCUUCUGCGUACGGCGGCCCGUCGGGCCCGAGAAGCGUGUAUGGAGGAAGCGGUGCGAGGAGCGAGUUUGGAGGCGGGGUCAGGUCCAAGCCCGCCGGCCCCGGACAAAACCGGCCCCGAGGGAAGACUCAGACCGGGGGUUCUGACGCCCAGCCAGCGCGUCGUGAGCCGGUUCCGCCCAGUACGUGGGCAACCCGACGCAAGGCGGGUAUGUAA